CACGCAAUGGGUAGUUAGCAGUGGUCGCCUUAUCGUGGCGAAAGUGAGCAGUCUUCCUUGUGCAAACAAAUUUCGUCACAGUGCCCUUGUGCUACGGCAUUAGGCAGUGACAAACGCGCCGCAGCUCCUAGCAAGAAACAACGGAAGAGCUUCACCACCGCCGCCCAAGCUUCUCAGUAGCCGCUCGCUCCCAGCUGUACAGGAGGCGUUGCGUGGAGCACCCAACCAGCUGACUGACUCUCGGUUUACAUCGCACUCGGCGUCACUUCCUUGGGGGCCCCUCAGCGAUAGCAGCCUCAAGGUGACCAUACAGCCGUCGCAGCAACAUGGCGGCCAACCUGACAGCAGAGGCAGCUGUUAUGGCGGCGAGACAGUCGCUGUUUGGCUGGGUGGACCACGCGGCGUUUGCGCUCAUGCUGACGCUCUCCGUCGUCAUCGGCCUCUACUUCGGCAUCUGCGGCCGGGCCAGGAACACCGCCAAGGUGGACUACCUGCACGGCGGCAAGACGAUGAGGGUGCUCCCCGUCGCUGUCUCGCAGAUCUCAAGUCACAUAUCUGGUACCACGCUGAUGGGUGUACCUUCAGAGGUCUAUCUGUAUGGCGGAGUCUACACGUGGAUUUGCGUUACCAUAAUUCUCUUCUCUAUCGUCACCAACUUCAUCUUCCUCCCCGUCUUCUAUGAGCUCCAACUCACAUCAACAUACGAGUAUCUGGAACGUCGCUUCAGCCGAAUCAUCCGUGUUGUGGCAUCAGCUUUGUUCACUCUCAGCCUGGUGCUACAUAUGCCACUUUACGUCUACAUGCCAGCCAUUGCUCUCAGCCAAGUCUCUGGAGUGAACGUCCACUGGAUCACACCGCUUGUCUGCGUGAUAUGCAUUUUCUACACGAUGUUGGGCGGCCUGAAGGCGGUGGUGUGGACUGACUUCCUGCAGAGCGGCGUCACACUAGCGGCUUUCAUCGCUGUGAUCGUCAUGGGGCUGGUGGGCGCCGGCGGCUUCUCGCAGGUGUGGCAGGCGGCCAGCGACGGCGGGCGCACGGACAUCUUCGUGAUGACUCCGGACCCAUUCGUCCGCAGCUCGUUCUGGACUGUGGUGUUUGGCGCUACAGCUUCCUGGGUAGGCGGGUGCACCAUCAACCAGGGGAUGGUACAGAAGUUUCUGUCGCUGCCCACCAUGGCAGCUGCUCGGAAGUCUCUGGCGGGAUUCACUUUCGGUAUAAUGCUGAUGAACCUCAUUAGCAUUUACUGCGGCUUUUUGAUAUACGCAGCGUAUCAACACUGCGACCCAAUUACGACUAAGGAGAUAUCUCGUCCAGACCAGCUGCUGCCCUUCUACGUGAUGAGCGUGGCUGGACACGUCCCAGGAUUGCCGGGGCUCUUCGUUGCUGGAAUAUUUGGAGCCGCACUUAGUUCCAUGUCGGGCUGCCUUAACGCGCUAUCCGGGACAAUCUACGAGGAUUUCCUGCUACCUCUGAUGCCUGGCAAGAAGUCGGACAUCGUGGUGAACCUUAUAAUGCAGGGCAUCGUGCUGGUUGUGGGAGCCGUCACCGUGGCGUUGGUGUUCGUUGUCGAGAAACUGGGCACCGUACUUGAGCUGGGAUACAGUAUCGGCGGUGUGACGAAUGGAGCGUUGCUGGGACUCUUCACACUUGGGAUGCUGGUGCCGUCAGCAAACACCAAGGGUGCUGUGGUCGGCAGCCUAUUGGGUAUGGCGGUGGUGACAGUCAUUCUGACAGGGGCGCAACAUGCGCACGCCAUGGGCCGCAUCAGGUACCCUCCGCUGCCCACCUCCGUCGAAGGCUGCGCUGCUAACUUCACAUCCGUCAUCGAAACUGUCGCUACAUCGAAUACUCCGAGCCCAACGACAGAUGAGGUACCGCUGCUGUUCCGGCUGUCGUACAUGUACUACACACUGGUGGGCGCUGUCGUCAUGGUGACGGUGGGCUGGGCGGUCAGCCAGAUGACGGGUCCCCUCAGGCCGGGGGACGUGGAGCCGUCGCUGCUGGCGCCCAUGGUCCGUCCUAAACAGAGGCGCCGAGAAGAUGAUGCCGGCGACGCCGACCCGGUGGUCAAAGUGGAGCUGCUCCAGAAGGCGAAGCAGCAGUCUGAGACACUCGGAGCGGCCUAAAGCGUCUACAGGGACCGGCACGGCGGCGGCGAGGUCGCUGAGUGUUCCGUUACUCUACCAGCCAUUUGCCUGACGUGUGCUCCCUAGUAUUUCUAUGAGCAACAAUCUCACAAGUUACAUGCGCGAGAAAUUAGUGUCUUUCAGUGUACUAGAAAGAAAUACUAAGAGACUACCGCUUUUCUGCUCAAAUUUCGGGCACUCCAAAUUCUUCAUAAGUGGACGAAACCUCCAAUACCUGGUGAAAAGUGGUACCCUGUUUCAAUAUAUUUUUUUGUGUGGGAUCUGAAAUUUAAAAACCUCUCUCACACCGGCCUGAUUUAGCUUCACUGAUCAGGAUAGUAAAAACCAUGCGAAUAUUAAGGGAAUUUUCAUUCACAAAGCAGGCUUACCACAUUCACACAGUUCAAUACUGAUCUAUCCUGAUUAAAUUGAGCUUAACUUAAAUUCCAUAAGGCAGUGAAGCAAUUUCGAAGUCUCGGUGCGACGAAAAUUGUCAGUCGAUCUCCUGAAAACAUUUGUAAUAAUUAUUAACUUUCGGUGAUCACAUGGGGAAGACCGGAGAUCUGUUGGUAAGACCGUGUUAGCUCAUUUAUUGAAAGUAAUAAACUGGAUAUCUUGAGCGUACAAAUCGGCAGGUUCGUCCUGUGUAAAUCAGACGUUCCCCACUGAUCCCGUGCAACACAGCGUAGUAAGCAGACACUGUCAAUAAUAAUCAGUUAAAUAAUACGCAAACAUACAUACUUUAGUUUAGUUCAUGUAUUAAAUUCCUUCUCAUACAGAAUCUCAUCAAGAUGGCGACUAGCUCAACAAUACAUACAUGUACAUCUUCCUUCUUUCACGGCUAAUCGGCAAGCUCUCUAUCAUUCUUUUCAUAAGAGAAAACAUAGAUAGCAGAGAAGCUAUUCCAUGGAGUAAAUGCACGCUCCAAGGAAUAAUAGGGCUUGAAACUACUUUGCAUUGAUAAUCAUCGUAUAUUUAAGUUUAGGAAUCGGUAAGAUAAGAAGAGAUAUUUCGAGAUAUGUACUGAGUUAUAUAAUUUAUAAAAUUUCUGAAAAUAUCGCGGAGAGACCGCUGCAAGAGACGUUACACUGUGAUACAACGAAUAUAACCAUAAGCGCGAUCAAGUGCGAACUGAACAUCCACCACAGUGGGACCAUGGAGUGGUUCCACUCAAAAGUAAUCACCACAGGCAUUAAAUCGUUUAUCCCACUAGGAGGCAAGAGGAUCAAUUCCGGUUUCGUAUAACGCGGUCGAGCACUGGCACGAUCCACAACCGCACACUUGUUCAUCCGACGAAACCUGAUCUCCACUGAUGUCUUUCUUCAGGUCGCCAAAAUUGUGAAAAAGUACGCAGAG